AUGGGCAACUCAUCUAGAAAGGAGGGGGAGGAGGAAGAAGAGGAGGAGGAUGGAGGGAAGGGAAAAGCGGAGGAGAAGAAGGAAGAGGAGGAGGAGGAAGAGCUGCCACUUGGGGUUGAUGAACUACUAGCCAGCGGGGACCCAGUGCUGGACCUGAGCUACCGCAAGCUGCGGAAGCUGCCUUCCCGUGUAUGUAGCCUUGACUAUCUGGAGAAACUGUAUGUUUGUGGCAAUCGGCUACGUGGCCUGCCUGAUGGGGUUACUCAGCUACAGGGACUGCGCAUUCUGGCUUUGGACUUCAAUAAAAUAGAGGACGUGCCACUGACGGUCUGUCAGCUCGCUAACCUUACUCGCCUCUACCUGGGCAGCAAUAGGCUGAUGAGCCUUCCUCCAGAGGUGCGCAAUUUGCAGAGCCUGCGUUGUCUGUGGGUGGAGAGCAAUUAUUUCCACCACUUCCCCCGUCAGCUAUAUGACCUUCCCCACCUUCGCUCCCUCCAGCUGGGUGACAACCGGCUACGCAAACUCCCCUCUGAUCUGUGGCGCAUGGAGGCAUUGCGGGGCCUCUGGCUUUAUGGCAAUCGCUUUCAGGAGUUCCCUCGGGUGCUGCUACGCAUGCAAGGGCUGGAGAUCCUUGACCUGGAUCGCAAUCAGAUCGCCCAGUUCCCCAGUCUAGCCCACCUUCCUGCCUUGAGCUUGUUUUCAUAUGACCACAAUCCAGUCAAGGGGCCACCAAAGGUAGGAGAGGAGGUUCUGUUGGUGGGGGAGGGGGCACAGGAGGCCAUGGAGGCUCGGGCCCAAAGGCAGGAGGCACGGCGGCGGGCCGCUGAGAGAGAGGCGGAGGAGGAGGUAGCGGUAGUUGAAGGAGGGAGCAAUGGGCCAGUCAUCCAUGGAAUCCUGAAGAACAGCAGCUCCACCCCCAGCUGCCCACCCAAUGAGGUUUCAGAAGAGGCGGGGCCCCUGGAGGAAGAGGAAGGGACACAGGAAAAAGGGGAGGGGGUAGAAUGUGAUAAAACUGUUGUAGAGUAUGAUGAGGUUGAGCUGGAGUAUGAGGAGGAGGGGAUAGAGUAUGAGCGGGAGGAGCUGGUUUGUGAAGGGGAUGGGUUUUACUAUGAGGGGACAGACUUGACGUAUGAGAGAGCAGAAUUGGACUAUGAGUAUGAGGAGGAUGGGGAGGAGUUAGAAGACCCAGAAAGGCAACAGGGAGGGUCUUGAUGUUUAAAUGGUUUUCUACUGGAUCUCUUAUUGAUUUUGGU